CUCGUCCGCGUUUCCGCUCAUUUCCCCACUCCUCUUGAUUCUUUGACCGAAAAAAUAUCAAAUUUACGCCUCAAUCAUCAUUGACAAUCAUCUGAGAUCUGUUAUUUACGAGGCCCGAUUUCACAGAUCAAAGAUCUACUUGCGACAUCGAAAACUGUACCGUUUUGUGGACCUCAGCUUUAAAGCCCUCAACUUUUUGAGGUUUGGGAUUUUUGGAUAUUGCUUAUGUUUUGUUCACGUAUCUGGGUUUGGUAUUGUUUAUCGCUUUGAUUUGUUCUACUGGAAAUGUCGGAUUUGCCCAAAGUUGAUUCAGUUCAUAUUCGGGAAGUUUGGAACGAUAAUCUAGAAGAAGAGUUUGCUUUGAUCCGUGAAAUUGUUGAUAAAUACAAUUAUGUGGCUAUGGAUACCGAGUUCCCGGGUGUGGUUUUGCGCCCCGUGGGAACUUUCAAGAAUAUAAAUGAUUUUAACUACCAAACUUUGAAAGAUAAUGUGGAUAUGUUGAAACUGAUCCAGCUGGGUCUCACUUUUUCUGAUGAGCACGGGAAUCUUCCCACUUGUGGAACUGAAAACCCUUGCAUUUGGCAAUUCAAUUUCCGUGAGUUUAAUUUAAGCGAAGACAUCUUCGCCAGCGAUUCGAUCGAGUUGUUGCGCCAGUGUGGGAUUGAUUUCAUGAAGAAUAAUGAGAGGGGUAUCGAUGUGAUGCGGUUCGGUGAGCUUUUGAUGUCGUCCGGGGUUGUGCUGAAUGAUAACGUGAGCUGGGUCACCUUUCAUAGUGGAUAUGACUUCGGGUAUUUGCUUAAGCUUUUGACUUGCAAGAGUUUGCCUGAUAGUCAAGCCGGGUUCUUUGAUCUGAUCAAUAUAUAUUUCCCUGUGGUAUAUGAUAUCAAGCAUAUGAUGAAGUUUUGCAACAGCCUUCACGGUGGCUUGAACAAGCUUGCCGAGUUGUUGGAAGUGGAAAGAGUUGGUGUGUGUCAUCAAGCCGGCUCGGAUAGCUUGCUGACAUCUUGUACGUUUAGGAAGUUGAGAGAUAACUUUUUCAACGGCUCCACGGAGAAAUAUGCAGGUGUGUUGUAUGGCCUAGGUGUCCAGAAUGGACAGACUAAUUAGAAGAAAAAAUGUUGAUGGAUGUAGACUACUUGAGUUUGAGAGUUCUGAUUUUCUUUGUAUACAUUGACAAAAAGGGAUUGUUGAUUUAGCUGUGACUUUUCUCCUUUGCUUGCAUUGUAACUGAUACCUUAACUGGAUCUCCAGUUGAAGUCCAGUGUAAAUUAUGAAGUUAGUGUUUCUAUCUUUUCAAUAAUAAUUAUAGUCUUUUGCAUCUUA